AUGGGCAUUUGGGUGUCCUCUGUCAAGAUUGUUAAGAAGUACACCAAGAAGUUCAAGAGACAUCACUCUGACAGAUAUGACAGAGUUGCCGAGAACUGGAGAAAGCAGAAGGGUAUUGACUCUUGUGUCAGAAGAAGAUUCAGAGGCACCAUCCGUCAGCCAAACAUCGGUUACGGUUCCAACAAGAAGACCAAGUUCUUGAACCCACAAGGUUACAAGGUCUACCUCGUCAGAAACACCGGUGACUUGGACGCUUUGUUGAUGCACACCAAGACUCACGCUGCUGAGAUUGCCCACAAUGUCUCUUCUAAGAACAGAGUUGAGAUUGUUACCAAGGCCAAGUCUUUGGGUGUCAAGGUCACCAACCCUAAGGGUAGAGUUGCUUUGGAGGCCUAA